AUGUCGGCGGAAAGCGACUGGUCCUGCGACGCCAAUGAUGCCGUCCAAAUCACCAUGGUUCAGCCUGACCAGGAAAAGCCCAAGACACUUUCGGGCUUCCAUCCUGCGUUCACAUACCCGAUAUUUGGCGAGGAAGAGCAAAUAUUCGGUUACAAAGGAUUAAUUAUCCGCUUACGGUUUGCCGCGCAUAACCUUCGUCCUCACGUCCACGUCUCCUAUGACGAGAAGUUCUCGGCUGUGGAGGAUACUGCGCCUGUUGAUAUUACCAAGGCACUGAAGGAAUUUCUCCCCGAAGAGGCCUUUUCUUCGCUACCCGAGUUCGAGAGCGCCGUUCAGGAGGAAGAUGCGAAAGACUUUGUACCACCAGGAGAGAUGGUCCAUAGCUACUCCCUUCGCGGGCGGAACUACGAGAUCUGGGCGGCAUCUCUUGCGGACCCCCAAGUGCAGCUAUUGCUGAACCGGGUUCAGAUUAUGGUUUCAUUUUACAUUGAGGGUGGAUUGCCUCUUACGACAGAUGAUCCCGAAUGGACAUUGGAAAGAUGGACGGUUUACUUUGUAUACGAAAAGGUUGAACCUCCCACACCAACAGCCUCAGCAUAUUCCAUUGUGGGUUACGCAACCACAUAUCGAUUGUGGUUCUAUCAGAGAGACCAGUCAGAAAAGCCGACACCCAAGGACGACCCGUUCCCUCUACCCGAGCCAAUCCGUCCAGGAGAACUCCCAUCGCGCUUGCGAAUUGCCCAAUUCCUGAUUAUCCCAUCGCACCAGGGGACAGGGCACGGCAUCAACCUUUACAACACGAUCCACAAGGCAUGCUUCAAUGAUCCAACAAUCAGGGAGCUUACUGUUGAAGACCCAAAUGAGUCUUUCGACGUCCUCCGGGACUCGGCUGACUACCACAUCCUCCGCCCCGAAUUCCUUAAAAACAGCAUUAACAUCAACCCCGACCCGUGGAGCGAUUCCUCCAAAAAGACCAGACGUGUCCCAACGUCGUCCCUUCUUCCAAUCCAGUCCCUCAAUAACAUCCGCACAACCUACAAGAUCGAACCGACUCAAUUCGCGCACAUCCAGGAAAUGUUCCUCCUCGGCCAAAUUCCACUCAAGAAUCGCCGAAAGGGUGGAGCGAAUAUGUCGCGAUUGCUCAUUAAGAAACAUAGGGCGGAUGAUCCAAAUGACCGCCGAUACUACUGGUGGCGCAUGCUGACGAAGCAGCGUCUCUACAAGCGCUCUCGGGAUGUGCUAAUCCAGCUAAAGAUGAGCGAGCGCCACCAUGCCCUGGAUGAGACCGUUACUAAUGUGGAGGAGGGGUAUGAGCAACUCUUCGGCUUCUUUGACGAACGAGAGGAGCGUCUGAAGGCUCAAAAGGAGGAUGCCGAUGCGUCAAGCAAUAGAGAUCAACGUGCGAAGCGGAAAUUCACUGUGGAAGAUGACGAGGAAGAGGAUGAGGAAGAGUCUGUAGCUGCGAAGCGGCCGAAGGCAUAA